ACCAGACACCAGCCCAGCCCAUCACACCUCCACUGAACGCGGCUCCCUCCCAACCCUCACGGUGGCAGCAGCACCGAGCGCGAGCGGCGACGGCCGACGGCGUCGAGGCGUGGGGGGCGGCUUUGCCGUCGCGCAUCAGCCUCACGCUCAGCCACGCGACGCGUGGGCGUGACGGCACGGGAGUAUCGCGGAGUUGGGCGGGGAGCGGCCUCCCCUCCCUACGGGCGGAGAGACCCUCGCUGCCGCGCCGCCGCGCAUUCUCACAGUCACAGGCCCCAGGCGCUGCCGUGAGUUUCAAGCAUUGGCCACACGAUUGCUAGACAUUCGACCUUAUUCUUGGAAGCCUUUGCUCCUGACUGCUCCUGAUCGAAAGACUAACUUUUUGACAAAUGAGUGCCGGUGGUGCUUUUGGUGGAAAUAGAGGGGUCAGGCCUGUACCUCCUGAAAAAGGUGUAUUCCCAUUGGAUCACUUACAUGAGUGUGACUUGGAGAAGAAAGAUUAUCUUGCCUGCCUGAAAUCUACAGGAUUUCAGUCUGAAAAAUGUCGACAGUUCUCAAAGAAGUAUCUGGAAUGUCGGAUGGAGAGAAACUUGAUGGCGAAGCAAGACAUGUCAGAGCUUGGGUUCAGAAAUCUGGAUGAAGUGGAUACAGCUCCUGACGAUAGCGGCAAACUGGAGAGCCCUCCUAAUGAAUUCAAGAAGAAAACCUAGCUGUUUGAUUUUGAUGUAGCUUCUGUAUGUUUUUGAUGCAAGUUGUUCAUCCAGGAGAUUUGUCGAGAUUUGAGAGCAAAGAAAGGUUUAAUAAAAGAAAAAUUGAUAGCAAGUUUGUAACCAAUGCUGAAACUUAUCUAUUUGCUGCUUUGACGUACGUUCCUGAGAAUAUAUGAUCGGGCUGCAGAUUA